UCGGCGGUGCACCAUGAUCCUCAGUACAGCCCAUUCCUCCCAUCGCGGAUGUUGUGAGUCAUCGUUGGAGCUAGUGAAGCAUUGAGUUUUUGCGGCUCACUUUUAUUGACCAUAUCUACUGAUUGACAUCAGUAUGAUUUUACUAACAACGAUAGCUCGUGUAGCGGACGGACUUCCUCUGGCUGCGUCCAUACAAGAGGAUGAGCAGUCAGGUAGAGACCUGCAGCCGUACCACAGCCAAGCCAAGCAGCUGCUCCGUAAACUGACUGCACAGAGUCCGGAUCGCUGUACGCUGGAGGCCGAGGACAUGAACUUCCACUAUUUAAUGGCACAGGGCGUGUGUUACCUGUGCCUCUGUGAGAAUUCAUUUCCCAAGAAGUUGGCUUUUGCCUACCUCGAAGACCUCCACAACGAGUUCUAUGACCAGUACAGAAGAAAGGUGUCCUCAGCCACGAGGCCGUACUCAUUCAUUGAGUUUGACACUUAUAUCCAGAAAGCCAAGAAGACCUACAUAGACAGCAGGACCAGGAGGAACCUGGGCAGCAUCCACUCAGAGCUACAGGAUGUCCAGAGAAUAAUGGUGGCAAAUAUUGAAGAUGUUCUACAAAGAGGAGAAUCUCUUUCUGCUUUAGACACUAAAGCCAGCAAUUUGUCCAGCCUGUCAAAGAAGUACCGCAGUGAUGCCAAAUACCUGAACACCCGCUCCACGUAUGCAAAGGUGGCUGCUGUGGCAGUGUUUUUCAUCACACUUAUCAUCUACCUGCGUUUCUGGUGGCUUUAAUUGAAGCUUGGUUAAGGUUAUUCUUUAAAAAUGAAACUUUUAGCAGCUUUGUUACACUUGUUAUCGACCAGGGUGCCUUAAAGUGUUCAGAUACACUCCACACCGAUGAAGGUAAGGUUCUGGUUUCAUUGUUACCUUUGGGUGAUUCAGUAUAAACUGAAUCAUAUGUUUAGGUAUGGAAGCCAAUGCUUUGGCGAGUGUUGAGUCGUUGCAACACUGUUUACUUGAAUGUUAGGAGGUAAUUUUAAAUGUAAAGUUUACAUGCUUGUAGAUGUUUCUCUCAGUUUUAGCAUGAGGGAGAAACCACAUGUUUAUGCAAAGGUUUUGUGGAAAGACUACUAAUACUGUGAUAAUACUGUUUCUUAUUAAGAAAGUUGUACUAUAACAAAGUCUUAAAGAUUAAAUUUUUAUUAAACUGUUA